CCAUGUCCAAAAUUUGGGAUCGGGGAAGCUCACUCUUCUUCUACUCAUAGAUCUUCUGCAUCACCUCCCCCAAGUCUUCUUCUCCACCUGAGACACCAAGAGCACUGUCAGUACCUCUCCAACCCUAACAAACAAUGAUGGGUCCCAAAAGACAGUUCUUCCCACUCCUCAUCCUUUCCCUCUCUGCUCUCUUCUUCUUCUUCUUCUUCCACUCCUACUUCUCCUCUCCUAACCCUAACCCUAACCCUAAUUUCUUCCAUUCCCUUCAAAACCCUAGUCCUAACACUAACUCUCGCACCCCCAAUUCCUCAAAUUUCACUCUCAUUAUCAAAGUCCUCACCUUCAAUCGCCUGGACUCGCUCUCCCGCUGCCUCCGCUCCCUCGCCGCCGCUGACUACCUUUCCGACCGCGUCCAUCUCCACAUCUACAUCGACCAUUUUGCUCCCGAUAACAACGACUCCCUCGCACUGGACGGUGCGCAUCGGAUCCUGGGCUUCGUCGAUGGGUUCGAGUGGAGCUUCGGGGAAAAGCUCGUGCACUAUCGGACCGGGAAUGCGGGGCUGCAGGCGCAGUGGUUGGAGGCCUGGUGGCCCAGCUCCGACGACGAGUUCGCCUUCGUGGUCGAGGACGAUUUGGAGGUCUCGCCGUUAUAUUACAAGUUUCUUCGGAGUUUGAUCCUGAAUUUCUAUUACAACGCUUCGAAUUUCAGUCCCUCCAUCUACGGGGCUUCGCUGCAGCGACCAAGGUUCGUCCCAGGUAAACAUGGAAACAAAAUGCAAUUGGAUAGCAGAACACGACUUUUCUUAUACCAGUUAGUUGGCACUUGGGGUCAGCUUCUCUUUCCAAAACCUUGGAAAGAGUUCAGGUUAUGGUAUGAUAAACACAAGGCCAAGGGAAUCAAGCCAUUUCUUGAUGGGAUGGUGACAACUGGAUGGUACAAGAAGAUGGGAGAGAGAAUAUGGACUCCGUGGUUCAUUAAAUUUAUUCAUUCCCGUGGUUAUUUUAAUAUCUAUACCAAUUUUUUACAUGAGAGAGCAUUGAGUGUCUCUCACAGGGAUGCUGGUGUUAACUAUGGGAAAACAGCUGGGCCUGAUUCUCAAUUAUUGGAUGAAAGUACCCUUGAUUUCAGUCUUUUGGAAAUGCAGUCCUUGAAUAAUCUUAAAUGGUAUGAUUUCUGCUUCAGAGAUGUACUUCCUGGACGAGUUGUAAGGAACGUUGAUGAACUUGGCUCUGUUCUUUAUGCCGUGCAGAAACAGGAGACCGUUAUUUUUGUAAGUCUCUUUGGAGUAGCAGAGUCGGUCACAAGGAACUUGCUAUGUCACUUUGAGAGACUAAAUAUCUGGAACUACAUAUUUCUAGGCCCUGAAUCCAACUUCCUACUUGAUCUCUCAAGAAGGGGGCAUCCAGUGAUUAAUGCAGACAAAAUUUUCAAUAAUGUCAGAGCUUAUAAAGGGAUGACUUCUCAAAAUUUCAACUCAGAGCUGAUCAAGGAGAUUUCUGUGAAAGCCUACAUAAUCAGAAAGUGUUUGGAAUAUAGGUUUAAUUCUUGGAUGGUGGACGGGAACAUGCUUUUUACAAGUGGCGACAUGUUUCUUGAGUUCAUUGAUCCCUCCUACGAUUUCUAUGUUGGGAAAGGCUUGGAACUUUUCUAUGCCAGAAGCACAUCUUCUGCUGAGAAAUUCUGGGAUGAUGAUUUAUUUUCCAAGGUUGUGGCAGCGGUGAGUAAAGGUUCAUCAUCCAGUGAUGGUGUUAGUUUUGUGUAUAUAGCGGCUAAGUUAUUGGAACAGAAAGGUGGGAGGAUUAAGAGGUUUGAUGAGACAAGGUUUGGCAUGAAGAUUGGUACCAAUAAUGUUACUCAAUCUUCUUUAGGGGAUGGAAAGAAGAUGGUUUUUUGGUCUACUGGAUUAGGUGUUAAUUCAAUUCAGAUGCGGCUUCAAGAGUUGGGUUUGUGGAUUCUGGACAGUGACUCAUCGUGUAGGGCUGUUGUUUGUCAAAGGUCGUAGCAUCUGUUAUCAGUUUAAUACUAGUAACAUUUCUGUAAUCAACGGUACACAUAUUGCUCAUAUUCUUUUACACCCUAUUUUAGACGAGGACAAGGAACUUUUUUCA